AUGCUUCGUUGUGGUAAUGUCAAACUCAGUUGUGCUCGUUCUUCACGGGCGAGCACUGUCUUAAUUUCUACCACAAGCGCAACUCCCAUUGCUGCAGUCUCCCGAACCCAGCACCCUAGCUAUUUUGUCCGCCAUUAUACCCCUUUGCGUACUUGGAAAGGACGCGAUUCCAGUGGACCUAGGGGGAUUAGCCCUGGUACAACACAGUGGGACACUAAAGAUCGCUAUGUAGCAUUAGAGAAGAGGAACCGAUGGCAGCGGAAGUCUCAAAGAGAGGCCAUAGAAACAGCGAAGGAUAAGAACUUAAAAGACCAAGAAGAGGGUGAAGGGAAUGAGGAUGAAGAGCAUGUGCGCAAAAAGCGGGAGCCCAAAAAGAGAAUGAGCCAAGCAGAGUUUGAGAGGGAGAUGCAAUAUAUCAAAUAUGACAGGGUGGCAUUAGCUCGAAGGGUGAGCCAGUUACUCAAACUUGGCCACGAGGAAAAGGCGACUCUAUUGGUUUGGGCAUCGCAGAAUGCAAAGAUUGACUGCAUUGUCUCUUGGAAUACACUAAUAGAGCACAAGAUGAAAACUGGGCGUCAAAAGGAGGCAGUCAGGUUAUUCAAUGAUAUGAAAAAGAGAGGCCGGCCUCCAAACGAGCAAACUUUUACAAUACUCCUGUCGGGACUGGCGGCCAGUUCGUCAAAGCACUCGUCCGAAACCGCCCUCAGCCUUUUUGAAUCCUUGAAAAACUCCAACUCUGAGUCUAAGCCUAAUAUAAUACACAUAAAUGCUGUACUGAACGUGUGCGCUCGCAACCGCGAUAUGAAGAGUCUCUGGGCCUUUGCUGGGGAUAUCCCAGAAUAUGGAGAAAGUGCACCGAAUUCAGUCACAUAUACCAUAAUUCUGAACGCCAUACGAACAUCUGUACUGGAAUUCACCGAUACUUUAGACCCUAACAAAGGACCAAGGGCUGUCAAAGAAAUCUCCAGAAGGAAGAGGAUAGCUGUCUCAUCCGGAAAGAAGCUGUGGGGUGAGAUCAUUAGCAAAUGGCGGCAAGGAGACUUGGUACUGGAUUCAAAGCUGGUAACUUCAAUGGCCCGCCUACUCACAAUCGAGAAUACCGAGAAGUCAUAUUUGGAUGUCCUACGCUUGUAUAGGCAAUGCAUGGGCCUUCCAGUUCCACCGGCUGUUGAAUCUGAAGUUAUACACCCUCAAAACAUACAGGAAGAAACAUCAAACAACGAUGAAUUAUUAACAAAGGAAGAGAAGAGACAGAGGGACGAAGAAAGAAAAAUGCUACUACACCUAUUCGAUCCCGUUGACAUUGCGGAAAUCCGUACAGCACUGAAAGGAAAAACCGGCUCCAAGAAGAGUCCAAGUGUCAAUCUUCCAUCUCCAACUAACAUCGAGCUGUCACUCCUGAUCCAAAUUUGUCAAAAUAUGGCACAUAAUGGCAUGGCCAGCGGUCGGCAUUAUUGGACCACUCUUACUGACAAUGGUGGUUACAAUAUCAAACCUGAUUCUAGUUCUUGUCACGAAUACCUUCGUCUUCUCCGCCACCAUAGAGCCAGCGCUGAGUCUCUAAAAGUGGUCGAGCAUUAUAUGGUUCCCGACAAUUUAGUUGCCGGAAAGACAAUUACCAUCGCUCUCAGCACUUGUUCCCGCGACAGGAACAACCCAAAUGUUCUCGACAUUGCAAACAGACUUCUAGAUAUUUCUACUUUUGCUCCAGAACUGGACCCAAGCUACAUACUGAGAUAUAUAGAGCUUGUCCGGACUCUUGUUAACCGGGAGAAACUCAUUUCAGACAAAGCUAAUAUGAACAAGAUUCGACUCAAACAUGCUCUUGAUAGCCCGACAACUGUACUUACUGAGUUACAUCAAACACGCCUUCUCAAAGCUCUUACCCAUCUUAGGUUGCGUACUCAGGAUGUCAUCGAGCUACUUGCAUUCGGUUACAUUAGAUACCAAAAGUUGCCCGUAGAUCCGGGCUUUGUUGGUUCGUCUCUGGGCAAUGGAGAAGAGCCAACCACUGCACAGAAUGCAGGACCAGACGAUGCAGAAAAGGACGUCACCGUACACAAGGCACUGAGGAAACUCAAAGCUCAGUCUUUUGUUGUACCAGGCAAAGCUUUCGAAGGUCCCAACUGCAUUGAGUUGCUUAAAGUUUUGUGGCAGUCCCUUUCUCUAUACAGAAGAAUCCUCAAUACUCGGUCUGUGAUAUCACCCUCCGAGUCCUCGCCUGAAACCUCCUCGGUGUCAUCUUCCCUUUCAGACUCAGAUCGAGAUUGGCUCACCAAAGAUUGCGAGAGGUUGUCUAUGUUUGCUCCUUACUUCAAGCAGUUUACAAGCCGAGAAGUAAUUGACAAUGAUGUUGAAUCUAAUCGCAAUCAUGGCGUUUGA